GAACCAGGUGAAAGCGAAGCCCCGCCCUCUUUUACCUUAAAAGUCCACGGCGGGGUCGAUGAUUGGCAGAUCGCUACAGCUGCUGCAGCCCGGACACAGGGAGACAUGGCGGAGUUUGUAGUUUCCCCGAGAAGCGCUGCUCAGGAGUUUCUACACUUUCCAACAUGUCCGCACGACUUCAGCGCGGCGCCUUAAUGUCUGCGUAGCGCGUGUGGAGCGGAGCUGGACGAGGCACCGACGUCUUUUGCCCUGUUUUUCUUCCCCGGGGGGGGAAGGACGGAGGGAGCAGCGGCGGCAGGAGCGGCCGCGGUCGGGGGAAAAUGUGUUGUCAUCUCCGCGCAGUCAACAGCCUUGGGCAACAAAUAUGGCUACUUCUGGUGUAUCCCUCAGUUCGGGUCGAUAACCGUGCCCAGCCGGGCCGAGCCGGGUAGUUCCUCCAGGGGGGUCAGGGGUUACUUCUAGUCCGGGGGUUGGAAGUUGACUACCAGAACAGAUUAAGACGCUGGAUUUGUCCCCGGAGCUGGUUUGGUUGAAGCGAAGGAGUUGGAGGGAGGGAGGAGGGGAGCGAAACUGAAGAAGAAGAAGAAGAAGAAGAAGAAGAAGAAGAAAGAGAGGAGGAGGAGGAAGAAGAAGAAGAGAUGGAUCCCAGGAAUAAAGAGUUACUGGAGACGUGCUACCAGAACUUGGUGGAGUCCAUAACGGACGCGGACCGGGUCGUGGAGGUGCUGGCUCACUGCGGGAGCCUCAGCCCGGCGGAGCGCUACGAGCUGGGGCACAGCUGCGCCUCCAACCCGGAGAAAGUGGAGCUUCUCCUGAAGAUCCUGAUGAGUAAGGACAGAGACCAUUUCUCCGAGUUGUGCUCGGCUCUGGAGAAGACGCACCCUCACCUGCACUCGGUGCUGCUCAACGGCACCGGACCAGUGGAUCACACGACCGGGUCCACUUACAGCGUCUUGUCCACCAUGCCGUCGGACUCGGAAAGCAGCAGCUCUCUCAGCAGCUUAGGUACGCCCGCUCAAGCCUCAUCCCCGCCGCCCGCCCACAUGGACAGCCACCCGGUCAACGAGAAGAUGGAGACGGUUCUUUUCCAGCUCCGACACGUGACCCGCGAGAGGGACGAACUACGCAAACGUCUGGCACUCUCCUCGCCUGGAACCACCUUCGAUGACUGCAGACCAAACUCAAAAGCAGGUCAUGACUACGAGCGUCUGAAGCUGCAGUGCAUGAAGGCGAUGGCAGACCUGCAAUCCCUGCAGAACCAGCACAGCACCACCCUGAAGAGGUGCGAGGAGGCUGUGAAGAAGGCAGACUUCUACCAUACGCUGCACAGCCGUCUGGCGAGCGAGCACGCCCAGCUGAAGGACGAGCUGGAGGCGGUGAGACAGGACAACAUCCAGCUGGUCAGGGAGCACAACCACGUGAAGCAGGCCUGCGAGGAGCUGAGGAGACUGCAUGAUGACGACCAGCGAGAGGUUGCUGACAUGAGGAUGCUGCACCAACAGGUGAUGAGAGAGGGGUCGCCUGAUGUCCUCAACAAGCUGUACGACACAGCCUUGGACAAGCUAGAGGCCAUGAAGGGUGACUACGAGGGUCUGAGGAAGCGCUACAACGAGAACACUGCUAGUCACAACGUAGACCUGAGUCGUCUGGAACAGGCGGAGGAGGAGAACCACCGGCUGCAGAAACAGCUGGACAUGCUGCUGAAGCAGAGGGACGCUGCCAUCCACUACCAGCAACAGUACUCCUCGUCUAUAAGAAGGUUUGACAGCACGCAGCAGGAACUGUCCAAGGCCGCAUCCCAGAACAAGGAGCUGCAGCGAGAGAUGGAGCGGCUGCAGUCAGAGACGACGCGGCUCAAGACCCAGCAACUCAAGGCGGCGAAGGACAGUGAGAAAUACAAGGAGGAGCGUGACUCCGUGAUCAGCGAGUAUCGUUUGAUCAUGAGCGAGCGGGACCAAGUGAUCAAGGAGGUGGACCGGCUUCAGACUGGGCUGGAGAUGGCAGAGGCCAAGCUGAAGAACACUUCCUCUGAGAGACGGGUGGCCAAUGAGGAGCUGGAGGCAUUGCGACAGGAGUUGGCAUCAGCGCUGGUGGACAGGGACCGGGCCAUCUGCGAAAAGAACGAGCUGCUGGAGAAAUACUGCCACGAGGUGAAGGACAAGGCCGAGGCCCAGAAAGAGCUCAGCCAGGCCAGCAAGGACAUCGAGACGGUGCGCGAGGAGCGGGACGUGGCCCGCAAGGAGAGGACGGAGGCCAUCGUCCAGAGGGACCAGCUGCUGCGAGAGUAUUACCAGGCCAGACAGAAACAAGACUCUGCCACUAUGGACAUGGAACGAGCCAACAAGGAGAUUGAAAUGCUGAGGAAGCAGUACGAGGCCAUCUCUCAGGAGCUGAAGGAGGCGCUGCAGGAGGCCGAGGUCGCCAAGUGCCGACGGGACUGGGCCUUCCAGGAGAGGGACAAGAUAGUGGCUGAGAGGGAGAGCAUUCGCACACUGUGUGACAACCUGAGGCGAGAGAGGGACCGAGCUGUGAGCGAUCUGGCAGAUGCUCUGAGGAAUCUGGAUGACAUGAGGAAACAGAAGAACGAUGCUGCGCGGGAACUCAAAGAACUAAAAUUGUAUGUUUCCUACAGAGAAAAGGUGGAGGACCAGUUGGAAGAGGAAGCGAGGUUUCGUCAGUUAAUGGCUCACAGCUCACAUGACUCAGCCAUCGACACGGACUCAAUGGAGUGGGAGACGGAGGUUGUUGAAAUCGAGAAGCACAGAGACAUGGAUUUGAAAGCACUUGGGUUUGAUAUUGCUGAAGGGGUAAAUGAUCCUUAUUUACCUGGAGACUGUGGCAUAUUUGUCAGUAAGGUGGAUAAAGGAAGUAUCGCUGAAGGAAGAUUAAGGGUUAACGACUGGUUGUUGAAAAUUAAUGAUGUGGACCUGACUAAUAAGGACAGGAAGCAGGUGAUCAAAGCAGUGCUGAGCGGAGAGGGGGUGAUCAAUAUGGUGGUCCGCAGAAGGAAGUCGCUCGGAGGACGGAUUGUGACUCCGAUCCAGAUAAACCUUACUGGACACAAAGACAGCGGCAUUGGUCUCGAGAGUGGAGUGUUUGUUGCCACUUUGGCUCCAGGAAGUCCAGCAGCGAGAGACUGUGCUCUCACUAUUGGUGACAGACUUUUAGCUAUCAAUGGAAUUGCUCUCGAUAACAAGUCGCUCUCCGAAUGCGAGUCUCUGCUGAGAAACUGCCGCGAUUCUCUCAACAUCUCCCUCAUGAAGUUCCUCCCACAGAGCUGUUCUGGUCAGAGUUUAUUUGAAAAUUCAAAAGACUCGGUCUCCCGGCUGCAGUCCUGUGACGUCCACACCAGGAACUGCAGACACUCCAAGCACAACUGCUCCAAGCACAACUGCUCCACACAGACAGACAUUUGCAGCUGUGACUCGGGCGGCAGAGGGGAGAUGUGUAAGGACGCAGGUGACUCUCUGGACAGCAGCGGCAGUAGCACUCAUUCCCACCACAAGCCCUUUUCCAACAGCUCUGUGCACUCCCGCUCCCUCUCCACCUCGCACACUCCCUCAGAUCCCCACCCAGACUUCUGUUACAGGAGGCAGGAGAUCCACCAUCAUCCCUUCACCUUCACCCCUGUGCUCUCCGAAUGCAGCUCGCCGCAGACACCUGUGGACCGAGUGAAGAACUCUGCAGCCAAGCCAAGUGGAGGCACUUGGCCUAAAGUAUUGGUGGGAGCUUCGAUUCCCGAGUACGCCCAGCUGUCCAUCUACAAAAAACCCAAACAGAGGAAGUCCAUCUUUGACGUGAAUGCUUUCAGGAGACCUGAGGCGCCCACAAAACUGGACUACAUGUCGGUUACCCAGUUGCCCAACCACUCACCACAGAGCUCAAUAUCCGAGUCCGCACAGACCCCUCCCACGCCGCCCGCCAGAAGCGACUCGUUCAGGUUCAAACAUCGGCAGCAGAACAGCUCUGCAUCGGACUCUACCAUCACCACCGGGACUCCCCCUGCUUCCCCAGCUCAAGCUACAAGCACACAGGAUAAGGGGGAGAACGGAAACCAGUUCUAUUACACCGAUGCUCCCCCAGUAGAGACUAAGAGCGCUGUCAAGAAACCUGCAGAGGAAGAGAAGACUCGACACAGAGCAGAGGGGCAGGAAAAGAGGAGAUACCGGCCCAAAUCAGCACCGGCACUGAGGAGGAAUGUGACUCCAUUACACAUCCCUGCUCCCAUGCAGGUACAGAGUUUCUCUAAUGAUGAGCACUCCCCAGAGCCGGUGGACUUGUUGCGCUUCUCUCCUAUGAGAACUAAUCGGUACAGCAUGCCCUUUGCACCGCCCAGCUACAGCAGCAUUGCAGCACAUGCAGCACAGCGAGGUUUAGCCCCAUGUCCUGCUGUGACGGCUGUGAUGAGGAACCCGGUCUACACUGCCUGGAGCCAGGAGAUCCAGAGCAACAACUGUCCUCCAGCUCCCGCCUCAGGAGUUCACUCACAUUCACACACAAGCCCCCAGCAUCAAGGCCGCCUCAGCCUGGACCUCAGCCACAAGCGGCCCGGAGAAUCGACCGACAUGAAGUGUAGCCAGCCACCGCACAGCACCAACUCCCUGCCCUCCAGCGCCAGACUCGGCUCCCUGAGUACUUUACAGUUCAGAGUAGAGCGAAUUAAGAUCCCUCCCGCUCGUUAUCCUCGCUCCACUGGAUCUGACAGAGGUUCUCUCACACAUUCAGAGUGCAGCAGCCCGACACCUCCGAUGUCCCCUGUCAACCUGGAUACAUCGUCUUUCACCAGUAGCCAAUCACAGAGCUCCAUCUCCACCCAGCCCAGGAUAUCAGUCAGCCCCGCUUCUGUCGGUGACAGGAGGAAGGAUGGAUUUGCCUCUUUUAACACUUCCUCUGUCAGACUUCCACUGGCAGUAAAGCACAAGUUCUUCUCUUUAAGAAGCUUGAGGCCAUACUUGGAGGAGCCGCGCAAUGUUACAGUACAGAAAGGAGCUGAACCUCUGGGGAUCUCCAUCGUGAGCGGUGACAACGGCGGAGUAUUUGUGUCCAAAGUGACAGCAGGCAGCAUCGCACACCAAGCUCGCUUAGCGUACGGCGACCAGCUCCUUGAGUUUAAUGGAAUCAACCUUCGCAAUGCUAACGAGCAGCAGGCGCGGCUGGUAAUCGGGCAGCAGUGUGACACUGUGACCAUUCUGGCUCAGUACAAUCCUCACAUGUUUCAGCUGGGCAACCACUCUCGCUCAGGUUCUCGAAUGGAGUCCAUCAGCAACCAACCGACACCUCAAGGCAGCGGAGCCACCACCCCGGACAAUCCCUCCGCCGCCGAUACCCUGAGUGAGCAGGACGAGGGCACCAUGACGCCGCCGUCCAAACAGACGACUCCGGCCACCAGUCCACACAACUCCUUCCGGAUUCCUGGCUCAGGUUCACGCAGGGCUGCGGAGCCUCGACUGGUGCGGCUGAAGAGGAUCCAGGUGGAGCUGGGCGUUCAGGUCUGUGGAGGAAACAUUUAUGGCGUCUUUGUCGAGAGUCUGGAUGACGACAGCCCGGCUAAGAGUCCUGAUGGCCUGCUGCCUGGAGACUUGCUACUGGAGUACAAUGGCAUCAGCAUGAAGAAUAAAACUAAAGAAGAAGCUUACUUGGAAAUGUUGAAACCAGCUGAAACAAUCACGUUCAAGGUCCAGAACUGUGUGGACAGCCUCGCUGAGAUCAAAGAAUCCCCCGGAGAUGGAUUUUUCAUUAGAGCACUUUAUGAGAGGGUGGCCGAGGUGGAGCAGGAACUAAGCUUUAAGAAGGACGACAUCCUGUUUGUUGAAGAUACGCUGCCAAAUGGCAAUUUUGGCUACUGGAUGGCCUGGCAACUUAAUGAGAAUGCACAGAAGCUGGAGAAAGGCCAGAUUCCAAGUAAAUACAUGAUGGACCAGGAGUUCUGCAGGAGACACAGCAUGGCCGACAUGAAGGACGACAACGGUACCAACAAGACUCUGUCUGCUGCUGCACGGAGGUCCUUCUUCCGUCGGAGGCUGAAGCACAAACGCAGCGGAUCCAAGGACGGAAAGGAUCUGAUGGCUCUGGACGCCAUAAGCACAGAUUCUUUACCCUUCACAGAGGAUGGAGGGAACCUGAUGUACCAGCGGGUUCAGAAGGUCGAGUGCUCGUUCCCCAGACCAGUGCUGGUCAUGGGGCCGUUAGUGGAAGCCUGUAAGGACAUGCUGGUGAAGGAGGCUCCUACAACGUUCUGUCGCUGUCUGCCUGAGAUUAUGAAGGCCUCUCAGCAGGCGAUAGAACGAGGGGUGAAGGACUGCGUGUUCAUCGACUACAAACGGAGGAGCGGCCAUUUUGAUGUGACAACUGUUGCCUCAAUAAAGGAAAUCACAGAGAAGGACUGUCACUGUUUACUUGACAUUGCCCCUCACGCCAUCGAACGUCUUCACAGCGUUCACAUCUACCCAAUCGUCAUAUUCAUUCGCUACAAAAAUGCCAAGCAGAUAAAGGAGCAGAAGGACCCUCUGUACCUGCGGGAUAAACUCUCUCAGAAACAUUCCAAGGAGCAGUUUGAGGCGGCUCAGAAAAUAGAGCAGGAGUACAGCCGCUUCUUCACAGGCGUUGUCCAGGGAGGCAGCGUCUCCUACAUUUGCACUCAGAUCAUCACCAUCGUGGAGCAGGAACAGAGUAAAGUGCUGUGGAUUCCAGACGGAGCGCCGUAGACACGUCGCCCCCCUCACCUCACGUCCCUCAGAAACAUUAGAGGAUUCUUUUUUUUUAUUAUCAUGGGAUACGCAGCGAAUCGGUACAUCUGACAGACGCCACGGUGAACGCCACAUCCACCAAUGAUGAUGAUGAUCAUGUAAUAUUCCCACUACAAUAGUGAUGUACUGUACUACAGAUAGGUUUGUUUACACUAGUAUUUAAUACUUGAAUGUUUUAUUUUCCCUUUAUAUCUAGUAGCACUCCUUUAAUCCCACUUUGUCCCAUGAACAUGUCGGACCACAGGAAGUCUGCGCAGAUGCAAACUGAAGACUUUAUUCUUGAUAUGAAGAUGGAACGGAGCACUGUGUUCCCUUGUCUAUAUUUAUAUGUAUUCUCCUGCCAUUUUAAUUUAUCUAAUCAAAUCAAAGAUGUUGCUUAUGAACUUUUUGUUAUACAAAUGUAGCUGUCUAGUCAAUAGGAAGGAGGUUAUUUUCCAGGUAACGUUCUUAUUUAUAGAGGAGAAAAUUGGGGCAAAUUUGCUUCCUUCACAUUGUCUAUUUUAUUAUCUGAUGCCACCACUUUUUAUCUCUCUGUUGACAUCAUUUCAGUACUAAACCUAAUUGUGCCAAGCUAAAAACAUUUGUUAAUCACUCUCCAUUCUUGAAUUAAUUAACACGACGACUUUCGAGGAUGAUGCAUAGCACAGGCAUGUCUGUUGAAACCAGUUGGUCCAGAUCGUCUGUUCUUCUGGUUUUUUGUCAAUACUGUUUAUUUUAUUUUUUUAUUUCUUUUGUCAAGUGCGUUUUUAAGAAGGGAUAUUUUAUGUCUGGGUCGUGGUUGGCAUGGCGACACAUUUACACGCACCUCUUGGAUUUUUACUAGACUCACGGUGUCAACAUUUCAUCUUCCCACGUUUCUCGCAAUGAAGGUUCAUAUUUCUACAAAAUAUUAAAAAACACCAGUUACAGUU